GUACGUAAAAAUGGCCGAAUCAACAUUGGACGGGGAAUCUGAACUCGAUACGAAACCCGUGAAGGACAUUCCCGUUAUCCAGGACCAAGGUUUUUUUCAACACGAUACUGGCGACACAUAUGACGGUUUCUUCGAGGCUAAGAAAAAGGAUAGGAGUGUUAAAAUGCAUGGUCCGGGCACAUAUACAACACAAGAGGGUGACAUUUACACCGGUACCUGGGACGCGGACCGCCUCGGUAGCAACGAAGAGGUUUCAAUCCAGUUCACAGACGGUUCCAGAUACGAGGGCGUUUUCAAGGACUGGUCUUACAACGGUCAGGGCAAAUACAUAUAUCCUGACAGCAGUGAUGUUAUGGGUAUCUUUGUUGAAAAUAUUCCAACGGGAACGUUGACUCUAACUGACCCCAAUGGCCACAAAUGGAUGGGGAAAGCUGAACAAGGUUUCGCUUGGCUUGACCCUGUCAAUCAUUUCUAUGAAAUGUUAGAAAGGUCUAAAGAAGUGAAGAGAUAUAGAAGGUCGGAACUUAGCGCGCGGUCGACGGCUUCUAAAAUUAAAACGGUACUUGAAGAGUAGAUCAAGUGGUUACUAUGGUGGAUACUUAUUACA